CCUUUUCACACAAAAAACGCACGUUCAUCAUUUCAACCAUCUCGCGCAGAUUUUCAAGGCAAGCUAGUCCGACCGGAAGUGCGGGCAGUAUACUGUCAUCACGCAGAGGAAAGCAGUCAUCGCUGAGGUCAUCUGCUUCAAGGUGUACCUGAACGUUAACUGUGGUCUUUUAGCAAGACGAAUAGGAUGUCUGGAGAUUUGCCACUGAAUAUCAACAUCAAGGAACCACGAUGGGACCAGGGCACAUUUAUGGGCCGGGCUCAGCACUUCUUCAUGGUGACAGACCCCAGAAACGUGCUGCUCUCCAGUGAGGUUUUAGAAGAUGCCAGAGUUACUGUGGAGAACUACAGGUUGGGAGUCGUGAAGCCUGGGCUAACAGAAGAUCAACUAUGGCGGGCCAAAUACAUCUACGACUCCGCUUUCCACCCAGACACAGGAGAGAAAAUGCUGCUAGUUGGACGCAUGUCUGCACAAGUGCCCAUGAACAUGACCAUUACGGGCUGCAUGCUCACCUUUUACAGGACAACCCCAGCAGUGGUGUUUUGGCAGUGGAUUAACCAGUCCUUCAACGCUGUUGUCAACUACACUAACCGCAGUGGAGACGCGCCUCUCACCAUGAAUCAGCUUGGUGCGGCCUACGUCAGUGCGACCACUGGAGCUGUAAUAACAGCCCUUGGCCUGAAAUCUCUGACCAAGCACUUGCCUGCUAUUAUGGGGCGUUUUGUUCCAUUUGCUGCUGUGGCAGCGGCAAACUGUAUCAACAUACCCUUCAUGAGACAAAGAGAGCUGAAGUAUGGUAUUCCUAUUACUGAUGUUGAGGGUAAACGUCUGGGAGAAUCAACUAAAGCUGCUCAGCAAGCCAUCGUACAGGUGGUGGUGUCUCGUAUUGGGAUGGCAGUGCCAGCCAUGGCUAUUCCUCCAGUUAUUAUGAAUGCCUUAGAGAAGAAAGCCUUCAUGAAGCGGUUCCCGGUUCUCAACGCCCCUGUACAAGUUGGUCUUGUUGGAUUAUGUCUGGUGUUUGCCACUCCACUGUGCUGUGCCCUGUUCCCACAGAAGAGUUCUAUGAAGGUGAGCAGCCUGGAGCCGGAGGUUCAAGAGAGGAUACGACAAAGCAAUCCUCACGCAACCACUGUUUAUUUCAACAAGGGUCUGUAGAGCAGUCUAGGUUGCAGCCCUUUCUGAUGUCCUCCAUUGGGCACAACUUGAAGGAUAGAACUUUUUUCUUUUUGCUUUUCUGAGUUAUAUAUAUUUUUGUCAAUUUUACCCAUGCUAUUGCACAAUCCUAAAUGACUAUAUGUACAAUGAAAGCCAGAACUUGCUGCUGGAUUUAGUUAAAGAUGCUUGAAUGUUAACAGCUGCAUUGAUGUUUUACACCCCAUCAGUUGACAGCACACAUGUAGAUUUAUUUACCAGUACAUUCAUUACUUUGAUUUAUUCUAGAUAAAUAUGGCUCAGUAUUUAAGUUUUCCAGUUUUGUGGCUCAAACGUUUCUCUCACAUGCACAUUCUUUCUGAAGACAGUUACAGAAAUUGGGUUUUCAACUUUAUUCUGCCAUGAGUAUUUCCACCUUGCAUGCUCCAUUAUGUGCCCAUUAAGUGCACUUGUGCAGCAAAUGCAGUGUGCUUUACUCUGUAUACUGCAAAAGAAGCCCUAAGAUGUGCUAACACUCCUUCAUGAGCACAUCAAAUGCUAAUUAUUUGGUGACUAUCUCUGGUUUCUUCAGGCCAUACUUCAUUAUUUCUGUUUAAGCCUUACAGUCCUGUGUGGUUUGAAGUCAUUGCAAAAGUCUCAGAGAUGUUUGGUUGUGUGGAUUGUAGUUUGUGUAUUAUUGAAGAAUAGUGAAUAGGUCAAAACAAUAUCUAUUUGAAUAUUUAAUACUUAUUAUUAUCAUUUGUGUGAUUGUAUAAAUAAUUCCCCCUAAUGGAACUGAAUGUGUCUGGGCUUAAAGACAGAAGCGCUACACGUAUACAAAAUAUGCUCAUUCGGAGUAUGAAGAAAGAGUUGCUUCAUAUGCCCUGCUUUGAUCAUGUCAUCUCAGACAUUAACAGUUAUGGGAACAACAAUUAGAUUUAUUUAUUGUUGUCAUGGGGGAAUCUAUGAUGUGUUGUAUCAAUAUAUACAGGUAUAUAUAUGAUAAUGUCAGUCAUAGUGUCUUUAGUGUGAUAUAUAUCCUUUUGUAAGUUCUUUAAUAGCCUCCUGUAAUCUGAGCGAAUAAGAUCAAACUUGUUUUCCCUGACAUAUUGUGGUAAUAAUACAGUGUGUAGUUUUUGUUGUGUGGUUCCUAUUGUUUUUGUGGAUGAAGUUAACAAACCUUUACAGUGUUUCUUUGCCAUCAGACUCACAACUCUAUGCUUUUUUUGGGAUGAAAAGGCACAUUGUUUUGUUAUUCUCAUCAUGUCCUCUGAGAGGCAACAGAGAUCUGUUUGGUUUUGAUUUGAGCACUCCAUGUAGGCAACUAUUUUUUAGCCUAAUAUCUAAGCACAUUAUAUGUUACGUGAGUAUGCUUUUGAAAAAAGUAUCCCAGUGGAAAGCAGUCAGGGAUUGAUGCUUUCUCUUUUAUUUAAUGCACAAUUUCCUUGUUACUAUGAUGAUAGGAUUGAUGGGGAACUGUUGGAUAUGUUAUGCAAAUAAGACUCUUUGAUUGUGAUUUAUACAAAACUGUCUGAUUUCCUCUUGGAAUGUCCUGUUACACCAAAUCUUACAGACCAGAUCAACCAACAUGCUGUCAAGAUUCAUUCUUCCUAUAAUAAUGCACAGUGUACCUGCACAAAUUCAUUCGGCUGUGUAAUGAUAAUCAACGUCACAUAAUAUGCUCAAUAUAACACAGAGUUCCAAACUUAAACCAGGGUGUUGUUGUCUGUCUCAUCAGACAUUAUACUGUCAGGACUCAUAUCCUCCUCAAUCACUAAACCGUUUGUAAUAUAUUACUAUAAGCACACCAGAUUAUUCAGCAAGUUUUAUGAUUGUAAAUUGCACUAGACCACUGACAAUGUUUAUUGGAGAUUGUUUUAUUGUGUAUAAAUUUAAUAAUUUAGUGAACCUAAUGGAUGGAAAACCAUGAUGUUAUAAUUGUACACACACAAGAUUGUUAAUGAACAUACAGUGGUCAUUAAUGUUAUUUUAUUUACAGUUAUAACUGUCAAUUAGUUAUAUGUUGAUCAUAAGAGUAAAUUAAAAAUAAAGACUGUAACACCAAAUAAAUUUGGCAUGUUAGAAAAAUGAGACCUUACCAAAGAAAAUAAUUCUUUGUUUCACUGCACAGGCUUGAUGCUUAGAGCACAUACUUAUUGAUGGGUCUCCCAUAUUGUGGAAAGUGCAGACAAAUUUAAGCAAUAAAUGAUUUGAUGUAUCUUGCUAUAUCUCUGUCACACCAGGAACACCCACUUUAGCAGUUAUUAUUGGUGCUCAUUGUGUUUUAUUUUUCCAGCAUUUUUUUUAUUGUUUUGUUACAUCCUUGUGUGUAUUUUAUCUGGAACAAUGUAAUAAAGAUAUUAAACUAA